GCCUGUGUGUAUGUGUGAAUAGGAGCUCUUGUUUGUAAGUCAGUCUGGUAUGUGGUGUGUGGGUCUGAAGUGUGACGUGUCUCUGAAGUAAACAAGUAGCUGUAUUGUCAGAAUGCGUCUCGUUGCCCCCUUUCCUCUUUGCUAUCAUCUUUCCUCACCAUUCCUCAUUCUUUUCUUCAUUUAUUUCUCUUUUCUCUUACUUCUCUGCCUCAACGUAGCAUCUUAUUUGACUCAGAGCAAUAAGAAUCUGGAUUUCUUUAGUUAAGCUGCAGAAAGUUGACUUUUAUCAUGGAGAGUAAAGAAAACUGAUACUUUGUUGUGUUGGUGUGUGUGUUCGUCACACUCAUGCAUACCAAAAAUCUGAACUGCCACUCAGAUCAUGGAGAGAUUGAGCCAGCGUCUGAUCCACAGCAGGAUGCUGCAGCGAAGUUGGAACAGGAGCGAGCUGAGAUAAUCGCCAAAUAUGACAAGGGUAAAGAAAGUGCAGAGGUGGCGCCUUGGGAGGAGACCAAUUUUGAUCUGUAUAAAGUGGUGGACCGCUUCGGAUUCCUGCAUGAGGAUGAGCUUCCAGCGUAUGACAUAGUGGAGGAAAAGCAAAAACAUCUGGAAGUGGAGAGAACGGCAAAAUGGCUGAAAAUGUUGAAGAGCUGGGAGAAAUACAAGAACAGUGACAAGCUGGCAAGGAGGAUCUAUAAGGGAAUUCCACUGCAGUUUAGAGGUCAGGUUUGGUGUUUGCUGCUCGACAUCCCCAAAAUCAAGGAAGAGAAAAAGGACUUCUAUGAGAAACUGAAGAUCAGAGCCAGGGUUUUGUCUCCAGAUGUCCGUCAGAUUGAUCUGGAUGUGAAUCGUACAUACAGAGAUCACAUCAUGUUCAUGCACCGCUAUGAUGUCAAACAGCAGGAUCUGUUUCAUGUGCUCACAGCAUAUUCUGUAUAUAACACAGAGGUGGGCUAUUGUCAGGGCAUGAGUCAGAUCACUGCUCUGUUACUCAUCUAUAUGAAUGAGGAAGAUGCUUUCUGGGCACUGGUCAAACUGCUGUCUGGACAGAAACACGCCAUGCACGGUUUCUUUGUUCCAGGGUUCCCUAAACUCAUGCGCUUCCAGGAGCAUCAUGACCGCAUCCUGCAGAAGAUGAUGCCUAAGCUCAAGCAACAUCUAGAUAAUCAAGAGGUGUACACCAGCCUGUACACUUUGAAAUGGUUUUUUCAGUGUUUCUUGGAUCGGACUCCAUUCACGCUCACGCUGAGAAUAUGGGAUAUUUAUAUUCUGGAAGGAGAGCGAGUUCUGACUGCGAUGUCUUACACCAUCCUCAAGCUCCACAAAAAAAUCCUCUUGAAGUUGUCCAUGGAGGAGCUGGUGAAGUUUCUGCAGGUGACUUUGUCAAAGGAUUUCUUUUUAGAGGAUGACAUAGUGAUCGAGCAGCUUCAACACUCCAUGUCUGAGCUCAGACGAGCUAAACUGGAGCUGCCACCUCCAGGUAACGAGGAUGAGUUUCCUAAGAAACCAUUAGGUCAACUUCCUCCUGAGCCUCCAGGAUUGGCAGCAGCACCAACAAAUCAUAUGGCUAACGGGCAACUGGUCGGGAAGACAGUUGAGGGCCUUCCCCUUCGUGUUUCAAGCCCUGCCGCAAGCAUCAGUAAAGUCACUGAUGGAACACCAGAGAGGUACCAGGAAAGUCGGCCACCCAGCUCAAUGGACAAGGUCCCUCAUCCAGACAAGAGUGAGAGGGAUCGACGAGGUGUGGACACUCAAAAGGAACGAGUCCCAACCCACAUUCCCAACAGCAGCGCAACAGGUAGUGGGAAGGUGCUGACCCAGAACCAGGCGAAUCACAACUCCAAUGUUAGAUCCAGCAUGCGUAGGGACAUUGGACCUCGUUGGGUCAAGCCUUCAGAGGAUAAACUGGAAGCAGUCAAGGCUGCAGCACGGGAAAGCCAGUCGAGUCUAACUAUGGGUGUUCCACCCUCGCCCAGCUCCCGAACUCCAGAAGAGGCCACCGGGGCACAGGGCAGACCCCGUUCACGAGCGUUUGUUCCAGGCUCCAACCGUGGCUCCAACGCCUCGCAAUACGACAAUGUCCCAGGACCAGAUGGAGAGGUUAUAGAGAUUAUAGAGCUUGAGAAACCGCCCUCUCGCCCCCCUUCCCGACCUUACGUUGGGCCUUCAUUGAGACAGGGCAGUCCCACCCGUCUCCCCAGUGAUGGAACUGGCUUCUCUCCCUUUAGAAUGCCCAAACAGAGCAUGAUCCAGUCCAAAACAGAACCCAGAGGACCUCUGCACUACCCACCUGGCAUGACUCCUGUCAACACUCAAUACAUUUCUGAUUCUUGGUCUGAGGACAGACUAUACGGACAGCAGUACUCCGAGCAAGUUUAUGCAACUACAGGACGUGGCUCAUCUAACCCUUCGCCGGAGAAAACACUGAUGAACAACAGCUACUUAACCUAUCAACGGCAACCCCCAAACAUGCCCCCUCUCAGGGUUGCUCCUGCUGAGCUUUCGUCCCAGAUAGACAGUGUUGGCGAGGCCGGGUAUUACAUGCGACAGCCCACCCGACUGCAGGGCUCUACUGCUUACACGUCCACAGAACUGCGUUAUGAGGCAAACAGACGAAAAGAGGGCUGGUAUGGGGACAUGGAGGCGGGGCCUCCACGAUCUCCUGUGGGACUAUCUCGAUCUCCCAGCUUCCAGAAAGCUCAGCUGUCUCCCAUUCACCCCAUUCAGGAGUUUAACUUUGCACCUGCAAAUAUCUCGGACGCUGUGCUCCAUUUCAGAGGACCCUACCAAGAGCACUCGAGCAGGCAACAGCUCCCCCCACUGUUUGGUGGAACACACUACAGGCAGGCGCAGGAGGCCUUUGCAAUGCAGGAGUCUAUGCUGCUCUGAGAGGGACAGACAGGGACCAAGAUAGAGGGAUACACUGUACGAGUGAUGGCUAGCAAGCAGUUUUGAGUUGGUUUAAUGUUUUUUUUGCAUUCUGUUCUGUUUUCUUGUUCGUUCAUUUGUCUGGCAAGUCUUACCACAUAAUAGACUGACUAAAGAAAUUUACUUUUGUUUUGUUUGUACAUUUUUGUCCGUAAAAUAACCAUUAACUGCCGAUGUGAGUUAUAUAACAAAGCUUAAACGUGCAAAGAGAUUUCUUUUUGUUUGUUUCUUUGGUUAGCACACUGAGAUAUUUAAAUAGAGGGUUAUGGAGAGUCUUUUUCAUGUGGACAACCUUAGUUAUCGAUCAAUCAUCUAUAUUUUUAUGCAUUUUUCAGACAUAAACAUACUUUAGAGAACACUUUAUUCCUUGAUUGUGAAUAUAUAUUUUUAAGAACAAAGAUUUGUGUAAGUUGGAUAUGUAUAUUAUAAACAACUGUAACAGUGAACAUAAUUGCUGUCUGACAGAACAUUUCACUACAGAACAUUUCACUAUCACUACAGUGUUCAAGGGAAAGUAAGAACCUUGUUUUGUAAGGCUUGUGUUUUUAGGUUGUAUAUAAAAAUGCAGAUAUUUAAUCUUAAAUUGAAAGGGAAUUUUAGGGGGUAUGUACAUUCUCAAAAUCUGUUGCACUGACCAGCAAGUACAGUAGAUGUUAUAUUUUUAGUUCAUCAAGGUAACAGAUCAAUAACUGAUGAGACCAACUGAUGGCAGAUCUUGAAUUAAAAUUAUAAAAGCUGCCUUGGAUGUGACCAGCAAA